GCGGGCUACAACUUUUCGAUUCCGCGAACACCGUCAGAUUUUAUUACAUUCAGAGACUUUACGGUUUUUGAAAUCUUACAGACAAUAUGGCAUCAGCAGUGGCCGCCCCUAGCGGCGCUGGCAAUUCUGCCUUCAAGGAUAAGGAGAAGCCCAUGGCAGUGCGCACUGCGAACAUCCUAGCAGCUCGAGCUGUUGCCGAUGCUAUCAGAACGGUAUUUCAUUCGUCACCCCGCAGAUAUUUUCGAUUUCUAACAGCAUGUAGUCUUUGGGACCUAGGGGCAUGGACAAAAUGAUCCAAAGUGGAAAAGGCAAUACAAUUAUCACCAACGACGGAAACACCAUGUUGAAAAGUAUGAGCGUCAUGCAUCCUGCGGCAAAGAUGCUUGUCGACCUCAGUGCUGCUCAGGAUAUCGAAGCUGGCGAUGGAACAACUUCUGUCGUCGUUAUCGCGGGCAGUUUACUAGGCGCCGCUGAUCGACUUUUGUCAAAGGGUAUCCAUCCCACCAUCAUAUCCGAGUCCUUCCAACGAGCAGCCGCCGCUGCUGUACAAAUUCUUCAUGAUAUGUCACAACCCAUCUCCCUUUCAGACCGGACGACCCUCUUGCAAGCCGCGUCGACCUCCCUCUCGUCCAAGAUCGUUUCACAAUACUCGAAUCUCCUCGGACCUAUGGCUGUCGACUCCGUCUUGAAGGUCAUUGACCCUAAAAUCGCAGACAAUGUUGAUCUUCGUGAUAUUCGUAUCGUCAAGAAAGUUGGUGGCACCAUAGAGGACAGUGAGAUGGUAGACGGCUUGGUCUUGAAUCAACCCGUCAUCAAGAGUGGCGGUGGUCCUACAAGAAUUGAGAAAGCUCGGAUAGCUUUGAUUCAGUUCCAACUCAGCCCCCCUAAACCAGAUAUGGAAAAUCAAAUCGUUGUCAACGACUACCGACAAAUGGAUAAGAUUCUUAAAGAGGAACGCCAAUACCUUCUCAAUAUGGUCAAGAAGAUUCAAAAGGCGAAAUGUAACGUUCUCCUGAUCCAGAAGUCUAUCCUCCGGGAUGCCGUGAACGAUCUAUCUCUCCACUUCCUCUCGCGUCUAAAAAUUCUUGCUGUGAAGGAUAUUGAGCGCGACGAAGUCGAGUUCUUGUGCAAAAGCUUAGGAUGCAAACCCAUUGCAAACAUCGACUCUUUCACUGAGGACAAGUUGGGAACUGCAGAUGUAGUCGAAGAAGUUCAAGCUUCAGGGGCUCGCUACGUCAAGGUCACAGGCAUCAAGUCGUCUGCUGCUACGAGCCAGACCGUUUCUAUUGUAGCUCGUGGAGCAAACAACCUCAUUUUGGACGAGGCAGAGCGAUCUUUGCACGAUGCCCUCUGUGUCAUUCGCUGCUUGGUUAAGAAAAGGGCUCUCAUCGCUGGAGGCGGUGCACCGGAAAUCGAAGUCGCCAACCAGCUCAGCCUGAAAGCUCGCGAACUGUCCGGCACCGAAGCAAUCUGCUGGAAAGCCUUCGCAGAUGCCAUGGAAGUUAUCCCUACAACGCUUGCCGAGAAUGCAGGUCUCAACUCAAUCAAGGUGGUAACAGAGCUCCGCCACCGACAUGCACAGGGUGAACAUAAUGCCGGAGUUAGUAUCCGCAGCGGUGGUGUGAAGGAUAAUAUUACAGACGAGAAAGUGUUGCAACCUUUGUUAGUGAGCACAAGCGCUAUUGAACUCGCGGCGGAAACGGUGAAGAUGAUUCUGAGAAUCGAUGAUAUUGCUCUCUCAAGGUAAUUCCUGAGCGGGGGUCACAAAUGAAACAAAGGAUUUGGUUGUCUGUCAUAAAAUGCUGGCGCGUGAUGUUGAGAAAAGGUUUUAGAGAUGGAAUCUUGUCUGUUAUACCAACCCCUAUUUAUACAGGUACCACCUGGCUGUAAAAUGGCUAGCAAUGCAUAAUAAUAACUUGGAGUUGUUUUGCGAUGACC